UAAACAGACAAAUUUCUGACCAACAGAAAGCCAGGUUUCCUCUUGCUCUCUACUUCCCAUUCUCUAUAUAAACCAGAUUGCAUGACUUCUCUCAUUCAUCCACAAACAACACAACUUGAGCCUAACAAGCACUUUUGGUCUUCAACAUUUUUCAAGCUCUCUUCUAUACAACUUCCAAAAAGCAGUUCUUUUUUGCCUUCUGCAUUCUCCAACAAUGGCUAAUUCUCACCAUCCAGUUCUUCUCUUGCUGGCACUUAUCGCUGUUUCAUCGAUAAGCAGCAUCACAUUCCAAUCUGAAGCUCGUCAGCUCCUGGAGACAACCUUGCCUGAGCCACCUAAAGAGCUGCCACCACUCCCAAAGCCAGAAAUCCCCACAUUACCAAAACCCGAAAUUCCCACUGUCCCGAAACCUGAAAUCCCAAAGCCUGAAAUUCCCACUGUCCCGAAACCAGAAAUCCCUACAUUGCCUAAACCCGAAAUCCCCACUGUGCCAAAGCCCGAAAUCCCUACCGUCCCAAAGCCGGAAAUCCCAGCCGUGCCAAAACCUGAAAUCCCAACAUUGCCUAAACCCGAGAUUCCUACAUUGCCUAAACCAGAGCUGCCAACUCUGCCAAAGCCAGAGAUUCCGACAUUGCCAAAACCUGAGCUGCCAACUUUACCAAAGCCAGAGGGGCCCAAGCCAUGAGCUCAUAUUCAUGACGUCUAUGGAGCUGGCCUAGCUAGCAACACACUACACGUUUCUGUUUUUCCUGUUUGUUUUUAUGUAAUUUCUGAUUAGUUCAGCCUUCCUCAGGGGUGAUAUUUUCAUUAUAUAGUGUGUGAAUUAUGUUUCGGGUAUUGCGUAUCUCAGAGUCAUAUUGUUUGGCGGUGUUACAUUUGUUUGUAAACACACAUUUGUACUUCUCUUUUGUGUCAUAUAGUAGUAAUUGAUGUUGCAUUUGUUUUAAGUCCCGAUAUGAUCAUGUUCUCGUUC